AUGAUUGCGGCAUCCACUGCUAAUAACAGGUUAUUGAUCUUCAAUAGAACAAGUGUUGCACCAUUAAGUUACUCAUUUGCUUAUCAAUUACCUGUCAGCUAUGCAGAUCCACAUGGUUUCUUGCGAAUAAAUGAUAGUUUCCUUUAUGUGACAUCAUGGUUCAAUAACACUGUCUAUUCUUAUAAUGCACUAAAUCUUUACAAUAUGUCAUGGACUGAGACGUUCGAUUUCAGCGCGAUACCAGUAGCGCCACCAAGUAAUGGUAACCAUAUUCAGAUUGAUGAAUGUGAUCGACGUUGGUUUUCCUUGGGAAACUACGGUAUUAAAAUAUUUAAUAGUUCUGGCAGUCCAAUUGGAAGUUUCACUCUGGCGAAUUUAUCAGUUUUUGACUCAUUGCUUACGGAUAACUACGGCAUAUACUUGUCGGAUAUAUCAUCUAAAAAGAAUCAUUCAUAUUGA